AACGCCAGCGCGCGCGAGCGCUUGGGUUCGCUCACGCCGCCCCGCCCCGCCCCGCUCCAGUUUCCGCCUCCAUUUUUUGUUGGCUCCACCGCGGCGCGUCUCGAGUCUCGACUCACAAAACCCACGCUCCCAUCCCUUUCUCCCCAAACCCUCUUCGACGCUCCCCGGACCCCGGCUCCCGCGGGCGAACUGGGAAAGGCGGCCGUCUCGCGGCGAGCACAUUUGGGUCCAAGGUUUGUGGUGGGGAUUUGCUCUUAAUAUAGCUAAUUGCUGAGGAUCUCAGACAUUGUAAUGACUGAAAACACCCAUGGUAGUGGUCGCCGUGCAUUGGGGGACUUGACAAAUGUCCUUUGCAAGCGACCAGCCCAAACAGAUUUGGAGAAAAGUUCAGGUGGGAUUAAGAUUAGACGGCUCGAAAAGGGCAUUGGGCCUAGGAAAGAGUUUGAUGAAAAUGAAAAAAACAGUGGUAGAGGGAAAGGAAUUGUAUUUGGGCAUUUGUUUGAUGGUGUUGCCAAAGAGAAUUUUGAAAGGCCCUCAGUUUUUCGUGGCACAAAGGUUCAGCACAUGGCCGCUGAGGCAGCUGGACUGCUAUCCAAGGAGGCCAGUGAGUUGAGGAACCGUAGUGCAAUGGAUUCUUCUGAUCUCAGUGAUAAGGAGCAGGAUUCUUCACUGGAAUCUGGAAGUGACUGUGAUGAUGAUGAUGAUGAUGAGAUGGAUGGUGAAUUGCUGGGUCAUUUUGGCAGCUCAGAGCUAGUUAAUAAAAUGGCAGCUAAUGACGGUGAGUGCCUGAUUCAAGAGGAGAUAGCUGGAUCAUCAGGAAAUCAGAAACCUCUGUCUUCAUUGGACUUUACAACUGGUGGUGACAUGCCAAGUUCCAGUGUUCAGCAUGCUUCAAUGAGAACUGGUGGCAUGGAAGAAGCUGUUGCCACAAAGUCUUGUGCUUGCUCUUUCUGUCUUAAGGCUAGUUUUAUGUGGACUGAUCUCCAUUACCAGGAUGCAAGAAGCCGGCUUUCUGUUUUGAGGAAAAGCGUAAAGUUUGCUAGGUCGUUGGAGGCAAAAAACAUAGGAAAUGAAUAUGCUGCCAAUGUGGCCAGAUACAACUCAAAACGAGCUGUGGAGAUGGAGUUCGAACUAUCUCAACAACAGAGAUCACUCUUACUUUAUACUGAGAAUGUCCUUGUUCGUGAGUCUACACAGCUUCAUUCAGCUUUUAUGAAGUUAAAGGAAUUGAGAGAGAACUGUAAGACAGAUCUUGAGACGACCGGCAAUUCUUCGUUGGGAAAAUGAGUUCUGAAUGGUUGCGCUGUUGAACUGUUUGUUUCCCUGAGACUUAGUAAGAGCAGCUGGCUCGGUUUGAAUCAAGAUGUGUACUGAGAUUGGUUGUCAACUUAGGAAGUAUGGCGGUUAUUGUCAAUUAGGGACUUUGGCUGUAGUGAUUACUCCUAUCUAUCUAAAAGCAUUGUCCAGCAUGAUGAGCAGAGGACAUGCUGAUGUAAAAAUCUCCAUGGGAAGUUAGGAACUGUAUGUUUUCUCAUUGAGACAUGAGUCUCUUCACUUGUACCUGGCAGUGUGCGUUGCUUCAUAUGAAAAUGUUUUCUGAUCUCCAAACAAAAGGUAAAAUUAUGCGUUUCCAGCAUGCUGGUGAUUUUUGUAGUGCAU